CAUGUAAACACGGAAUCCGAGAAUAGCAGUGGAGUGAGCGUACUGAUUAAUUCAUUCAGUGGUCGAACAAUUCGUAUCCGAGUUGCGAAGAAAAAAGGCAAAGAAGAUGAGAAAUUGUUAAGUGAGGGCAAACUUGACGAAGAAGGCGAAGAGCAGCUGUCAUCCAUCUGGAGUACCAUAUCCACAAGUGUAACAGGUGGUGAAAAAUACGAUACAAUAAAUAUAUUUUCACUAGCAUCCGGACACCUCUAUGAACGAUUUAUGCGCAUCAUGAUUCUGAGUACAAUGAAACACACCAAACAUCCCGUGAAAUUUUGGCUUCUCAAGAACUACCUCUCACCUCAUUUUAAGGAAACGCUACCUCUAAUGGCGAAAAAUUACGGUUUCCAGUAUGAGCUGGUCGAAUAUCGAUGGCCACGUUGGCUUUAUCAACAAACUGAGAAGCAGAGAGUUAUAUACAAAAUUUUGUUCCUGGACGUGCUGUUCCCAUUGGAUGUCAGGAAAAUUAUAUUCGUCGAUGCGGAUCUCAUCGUUCGUACCGAUUUGAUGGAACUGAUGGAAUUAGAUCUCGGUGGUGCUCCAUAUGGUUUCACACCUUUCUGUGACAGUAGAUCUUCGAUGGAUGGUUUCAGAUUUUGGAAAAAAGGCUAUUGGGCAAAUCAUCUUGCUGGUCGUAAAUAUCAUAUUAGGUCUGCUCUCUACGUAAUAGAUUUGGUGAAAUUCCGUCAGGUGGCAGCUGGUGAUCGUUUACGUGGCCAAUAUCAGGGUCUUAGUGCUGAUCCGAACAGUCUUGCAAAUUUGGAUCAGGAUUUACCAAACAAUAUGAUCCAUCAGGUGCGUAUCAAAUCGUUGCCUCAAGAAUGGCUCUGGUGUGAGACAUGGUGCGAUGAUGCUUCAAAAGCGAAUGCAAAAACAAUUGAUUUGGUUGGUAAUUUGGUUUUCUCUCCAUACUAUAUUGCUUUGAUGCUCUCUCUUGCCGUCAAUGCACUUGAGUUUGCCAGAUUCGCGUUAUUUUGUUUAGGACCUGAGAACGGAACCUCUUUACCACUAACAGUCUUCGUACUGUUCCCAUAA